GACCCUGCUAAGGAUCCAGACCAGUCUGCAUCAAAGAAAGAUUUUUCUUCCGUAUCUGGAAAGCAACUAAAAGGUGACUUCCCUAUAAAAUGAAGGAACAGUGUAACUUUAUGUUUGUUGGAAAUCUGUGGAUUUUUUUGUGUUAAUUGUCACCCAGAUUGCCUUUAAGUGUUUAUCUCACUUUAGACACUUUUGUUACAAGGUGAUCAGUAAACUAAUAUAUUACUUAUUUUAAAGGGCAAAAUCCAUAUGAUGAUGAUUUAAAUUCACCCGUGAGAAUUUUACUCCACAGGAAUCAUUUGUGGUUUUGACUAAGCAAGGCUUUCAGUUGCAACUGUUUUGGUUGCCAUGGCAAUUGGCCAAUUCGGCCAUCAAUUUUCUUGUGUUUGCUGGUCGUGCAUGGCAUGACACUAGGCAGCUGUAACAUUCUUUAACAGAGAGAUAAACAAUUUUGCAUUAUACAAUCCUUAUUGAAGUACUAGGUUUACAACUGCCACAUAGUACUAUUAUCUCCAAGACAUUAAGUGGUAUAGUCAGCCAUUUGGUUGAUUAGCUGUCUUUGUAUGAUUUUUGACCAGUUGAUGAUUUCAUCGUCUGCUUCGUUGUCCUGGCCUUCAGGUAUGCCGUCCAUCUUAUCAGCACAAAGGGCUGAUAAGAUGGACAGUUAUAUCCCCAACAAACUGUCACAACACAAAUUAAAUCUGAUCAGUUCAAUUCAACAUAAUAUAUAUAUGGAAGGCUUGUUCCCAGGACCACCAGACUACAAAUCCUGUGUCCUAACCACCACUUGUCCAUCCUGUUUCCACAAUAUCUGAUGGAAAAUCUCUGGCAUGACCAAAAAAGCCUUUUCUCUACUUACCCCCCUAAAAAAAAAUUCACUUGCAGUGAAUGAUUUUAAAAUUGUUACUGAGUCACAGUAUGUAACAAGUGAGCUGGUAAUCUUAAAAUAAUUAACUCUCUGUUUGUGUUUAUAUUCAAGAGGGAGUAGUAACUGAUGAUGACCUUCAAACACUUGGCAAAGCUAUUGCUGGAAAGUGGGAUCGACUGGCACGUCGACUACCUAAAAUUGAGGAAGAUGACAUAGAGGAAAUUGAAGACAGCCACAGGACUUUGUCUCAAAGGGGAUUUCAUAUGCUGAAACUGUGGAAAACAAACAAUGGGGAAGCUGCAGACUAUAAGACUUUACAUGAUGCAUUAGUCCACAGUAUGGUACAGCGGAAAGACUUAGCAGAAAAGUAUUGUUUUGAAUAA